AUGAAGUUCACUCCACUCGCACUCCUAGCUUCCGUCCUCACCGCCGUAUCCGCCACCGUCGUUCCAGGAGCUAGCACACCCCUCUUCUACCUCGUCGCAUCAAGCACCACCUCUUCCGCCAACCUCCUCCCCGUCCUCCUCUCAGGCUCCCUCGGCACCCCCUCCUCCUCAACCCCCGCAGCUCAAUUCUACUUCUCCGGAGGCUCCCUCCUGGCCCUAUCCUCCUCCACCUCCUCCCCACCCACCUCCUCCCCCUCCCCACCUUACAAAGUCUACUACAACUCCGUGCCCGCAUCAGAUUGUACCACUUUCGGACAACUCUCGUUCAUACAGGGGAGCACGACGAAUAAAUGUGCCCAGUUUACUGGGUUUGAGUUGCAGAGCGAUUCGGAAAACAGUCAGCUUGGAGCGCAACUGGUUGUUAAUUUUGUGGGCGGGUUUUACGCUUGUGCUGGGAAUGCUGUUUAUUAUAAGUUGAACCCUACGGAUGGACCGUCCGGGUGUAGCCCUGUUUCGCUGUACACUGUCCCCGUCAUUGAUUAG